UGGGUGCAAUGGGUUGCGCGGGUAGGUCCUCCUCUCGGGCUUAGGGAGCGGGAGCAACAGGUGGAGCCCGCCGUACCUCCUCUGAAGGGGCUCUGUUCUAGCUCAUGUAUGGGAACAUAAGUUCUUGUAUUCUUGCUUUGGUUUUAGCGCAGUGGCUGUUUACGUACUGGCUGUGUGCCUGUAGCCUCGCAAACGUUUUAGCAUUUAAUUUACAACUCAACCAGCCUGUAUUGGAGGUGUUGUUUUCCGCAGGUUUUCAUGCCUCGCCUGUUGCUCACUGAUGGUUGGGGAAGGUCUGGCUGCCUCCAAUAAUCAAGCUAAACUGGGUCCUUUGUUAUAUGCAGAGAAAUCAGCUUCACGGUAGUUAAUCUUUUUUUCGAUGUGGGGACCACCAGACCAUCUGGGACACCUUUCCCACGCACUGUCUCUAUGUCCGGUGACUUUGGGAAGUCCUAAAGGACAACGGGGGAAUUCACCAAGCUUAGGUCGAGUGAGCCUCCCCACCACCCCGGAGCCAGCAUGGGACACAGCUGAACUCAUUUCUUGGAGGAACUUGCCAGUGUGUCCCCAAGAGCCUGGGUGGCAUAGUCUGUGCCCAACUGGUGCCUGAAGCCUACGGGGACUGCACUUCCUGUGCUCCGGACUUCCUCAUAGGGCUGCUGUCACUGUGACCAGAGAAAGAUAGUGGUGUCCUUGGCUCUGCACCUAGUGUUCCCACACUGCCUCCAAGAUGUCAGCUAAAGCCAUAGAGAGCGGGGGAGGAGAUGCCACUGACCCCUUCCGGCCGGAAUCCCCCUCUGAUGAGGAGGAUGAACCUUCGCAGUCAUCCGACCAGGCCUCUGAUGGUUCUCCUGGCAAGCUACCACAGGGGCCACCCCAGGGGCCAGAUGGAUCUGGCUCUGACCCCAGAGACCCACCCAAGGAUGGAGGCAGCAAUUUCUCCCAUAAAGCAGCCAAGGCUGCUGCAGCUGUGGUGGGAGGAGCCCUGUUCGUGGGGGCUGUGCCCGUGGCCCUGGGCGCCAUGGGCUUCACCGGGGCAGGAAUCGCCGCCUCCUCCUUAGCGGCUAAGAUGAUGUCAUCGGCCGCCAUCGCCAAUGGGGGCGGAGUUGCCGCCGGCAGCCUCGUGGCCACUCUCCAGUCCGUGGGGGCAACUGAACUUUCCACGUCAUCCAACAUCAUCCUGGGCUCGGCUGGGUCAGCUUUGGGGGCCUGGUUGUGGGAUAGAUAAAAGAAACCCCCUUCGUCUCCUCCACCGGAAUCCAGUACUGAAGCAGAGAGGGGUCCCCGUGCUGGAGAUGACCCUCCAGGGCCUCAGGAUGUCAGUCCCCCCAGUGACAAGUCCUCUGCCUCCUAAAAUUCUUCAAAGAAGCAUAGGAAAUAAAGACGAGACGCUGAGACCUUCACAAGUGUCCGCACUGCCUUCUUGUUUACCAGGCAGGGCGCAGCGCAUCUGCAGAGCCGUGGCUUCGGGUUGGGGGGCAGCAGGAACUCUGUAAGAAUGGGCACUGAUAUCUGCAACAGGAAGCCAGGUCUGUUGCAGUCCUGCCACCCAGCUGUGACCCUGGGAAGGUCAUGUCUCCCCUUUGAGCCUCAGUUUGCUGCUCUUUGGAUGGGAUCGUGGAUCACAUGUCUUCUAAGAUGUCAGCCAGAGGCAGCAUUAUAGGAUGGCUUGGCCCUGGGGUCAGUUUGAGCCAUUGACCCUCAGUUAUGAAACACUUUACCCUCAGGGAUUAUUGACCCCUCCCCUCUCCACCCAAGACUCUGGGUCUGACUGUACCAUGAGUCUAGGAACUCAGCAACACUGUCUGCCUGGCCUGGUGGCCUUUGGAGCUCUUCAGGUAGGUAGAGAAUUUGCAUUUCUCCAGAGAGCUCUGUCCCCGUUGGUGUAGAGCUCAGGGUCUUUAGGCUCCAAGGGAGACUGGCCGGAACCUGCAAGGACAGACAGGCCUCCCACCCCUGGUGGGGCUCCCAAGAGGCUUGUCAAUGCAGAACACUCAUCUAUCUCCUAAGGCCCACUGGCUGCCUGGCCCUGGAUCAGGUGGCAGGCAUUCUAUGUGUGUUGACCUGGCCUCUGCCACCUGCCUGCCUGCCCAUGCAGAUAACCCACACCCAGCUUCUGGCAGCCCUGCUUCCACUUUAGACUUGACUCUCAGAUCUCAUCCUAUUGGCUCCAGGACCCCGGCCCAGGUCCCCACUCUGGCCUUCACCCCUGUCUUCCUUUACUGCCCCUCCUCCACCAGGCUCUCUCCCUCGGAUGCUGCCUCAGCUCACUCAUACAGCUCCCAGCUAGCCUCAAGGGCUCCAUCCCAGGCUCUGUGGCUUCAGUGGAUCCAAGGGGUCCCUAUCUGCUUAGGGUGUGUAACAGAGAAGAACAAACCUGACUCCACAAUGGAUCUAUUCCUUGAGC